AUGCUUGAAGACGGCAGUCGGGAACUGUCUAAGCGAAAUUAUGGCAACGAUGCAAGUUUUAUGGAAGAACCGAAAUGCUGUUUUACAAGAAGAGGUAUAGAUGACUCAAGGCUAUUCUGCUGCCGAUGUGUUCACAAGCGAAGGGCUUCUCCUCUCACCUGUCUUGCGAUAUGUUUCUUGGUUCUAACUUACAACCUCCUAGGUGGCUUUCUUUUUCUUGCAAUAGAAGGCAACACAGUCACAGAGGAAACAGCAGUUGCUGCCUCAAAACCAAACCUCAGUCAGCCCCAGACUGUCAGCAACGAUAUUAGAUCGAAGACAGUCGAAAAGUUAUGGUCUAUAACUGAAGACCUAAACAUUUUGUACAAAGAGAACUGGACCAAAUUAGCUGCUAAAGAGUUAAUGGAUUUCCAAAAGGUUCUUAUAAAGAGCAUGCGCGGCGGCGUACUGUUGGACAAUAAGCUAACCUUUGAUCACGAAUCCGACUACAGAUGGACAUUUUCAAAUAGUUUCCUUUAUGCCUUGACUUUGAUCACGACGAUUGGCCAUGGAAACGUCACUCCUAAAUCAUCUGUGGGGAAAAUGGUUGCUGUGGUCUAUGCUUGCAUCGGCAUUCCCAUAAUUAUGCUGUAUCUCUCCACUAUCGGUGAAGCACUGGCCCGAAACUUCCGAGUGCUUUAUUCCAAGAUCUGCCCAUCGAGCCAGAACAGCGACAGCUUCCACACCAAAGCAGACUGUUUGAACCGACACUCUGUUCAAGGCGAGUGCAGUAAAGACAAAAGGGAGAAGUACAGUGGCGAACAACAAAAGCGGACCCCUUUUCAAGCUGCGUUAAAUUUAGAUAAUUUUAGUGGUGGCUAUCAUUGGACGUGUCGGGACCACACUCGUGUGCCAAUUAUUCUUAGUUUCUUUCUAAUCGUACUUUAUAUAGGAUUAGGCUCCUUUGUAUUCCACACGACAGAGAAAUGGGACUUCAUGGACGGAUGUUUCUUUUCAUUCGCAAGUUUGGCAACCAUAGGUUUUGGUGACUUGAAACCAGGGUUGUAUGCCAGCACCGUUUCUCCCAAGGCUGAAGAUAUAGCUGUAGGCGUGUGCUGCAUUUACAUUUUAGUGGGUAUCGUAAUAAUAGCUAUGUGUUUUAAUCUCAUACAAGAAGACAUGAGUACGAUGUUAAAGAAAUUUACGACAUUAUGUACGGGAACUGCGAAAUCUCGAGCCGUGCACAGCGUGGAGAAGAUAUGCGAUGAUAAAAUACCUAUGUCAAUUGUUUCCUGACAUAAAGACACGGCCGACGCGGGGCCGUCUGCUAGUUUCCCGACUUGCACUGAAAAACGCCAGCAGGUGACCUUCAAAAUAGACGGAUCGAACCCGACCAAGUUCAAUAGUCUUCCAAGGCGGAAAUCUUCGAACUACGGUGAGGAGAGCUUCCAACGGAACACGCCUGUGCGACGGUCAGCGGGUCACGCGGAGAAGUGCGUCGAGUAUUUUGUUCCGAGAAGUCUGAGUGAAUUUAAUCUGAGUGGAACUGGAGGCGACCUAUACGAUUUGGCGCCGUUUAGUGGUAAAAGUCAUGAGGCAAAAUCGAGUGUUAAAAAUAGAGAUAAAAUGGUGACGUUUGAGGAUGACAGACCGCCGAGCAAAGCUUUGGCGGAUGACGUUUUUAUGUGACAACGACGAACGCUGAAGAUAGUCGU